CCUACCUAGGUGCCGGUAUGGACGCAUUGUCACGAAUACAUAUCACAACUACCGGCAGCAGCGGAACACAAUUUCCAUUCAUUUCAUGCAUACUUAGAAUAUCCACGGCAAGUCCCAAUCUACUGAACUUGCAGAAUACAAAUCCAUCGCUUUUCCCCUUUCAUAUUUACAUCAUAAUCCCUAUCAGACGGAUCACGGCAAGUUUGCAGACAACAAAUCAGUGAGAAGAACAUUGCCAGUAUUUCUUGCCACAUCGCUUGCCAAUUGUCCUUGAGCAUCCCGAAGAUUCCGGAUAUCUUCUCCAUCAGCAGUAUCACGUCCUAUACCCAUCGUCUCUGCCAUUUGAGUGAUUUGUUCCGGAAAGAUAUUGGUUGGAAGAGUUGAAGCGAGCCAUAACAGCAGCCAGAUGAUUUCUUCCUGUCCUUUUUCAACUGCCACAUGCAAACCACUUUUCAUCUCAUCCAAAGGAUCUUGAUAACGCAGAAUGGGCUUUGCCGAUAGUCCUUCUCCAUCCUCGUCAUCAUCUACUGCACUGAGUAGAUCAUUAAUUCCAAAAACAUCACCCUCGGCACACAUCGUCAUGAACGCUCGAGCGGGGCGUGCUUCUGGGUGUUCAUCGAGAUAGGCUUCUUCAGUGAUAAGAGGCAAGAUGUCAAGAUCUUCUUGAACGCCUCCCUCAUUGUGAUAUCUCGUAGGAACUCGGAUUCCAGAGACUGAUCUUGAAGCUGAAGCCACUGAAGUUGCAAUCGAACUAUCACAUGAAGGACAAUGGAGCUUAUUCAAAAUUUGAGGAGAUUCAUCCAAAAGACAUUGCCUACGUGAGAGUUAGUAAGUCAACUGAUAAAGUCGGUAGAUCAAUGGCAAAUUUCACAUGCUCGAAUGAUGAAGCAUAGAACGGCACGUGAAAAACAAGAGGUAUCUUUGUGAGGUCAAAGGCGAAUCCGUUGGCCAAAGACCAUCAUGACCAACGCUAGAGAGCGGUGUCCCUUGAGAAAUGCUUUCUUUUGUAUGCUUUGGACGAUUAUGAAUAUAUUCCACAUGUAUAUCUGGUUCAAAUGCUUCAAGUCUCAGGCAUUAUGAAAGGAAAUAGAAAUAAACUUGGAACUUUCAGAACGAGAACAACCAAAACAUAUUCUUACCAAUGCAUAUGGCAUCCGCAAAUCAACUGAAGGUCAUCUGGAACGCUUCCCAUAGAAGAGCUUCCACCUUCAAAUUGCUCCAACUCCUCUGGGUCGAGUUGGACGGUCAAACUUUCCGAGCAGAGUUUGCAAGUAUCCAUGUUUGUGUAAAGUAAAGAAAAGUAACUGAUUUAAUAUUGAUUUAUACGUUGAAAAGUUGCUAUGCGGGUUGUGUUUCGAAAUAAAAAUUCUCAUGUAAAAUCGUUGAAGGUCUUUACUUUAAUAGCGGGGAGCAAAAAAAAGUCAUAAUCUAAAAAUUUCUUAUCGUCUGAACGUUUCUCUUCAAUCUUGUAGUCUCCUUCUAAACACUCGGAACACCACGCAAAGUCAUGUCAUGAGCGGGCAUUCAAAUCUAAUUAUUUAAGAAGACCAGUCCUAUUCUUCGCCAUUCGAAUGAGACCGAACAUGCAUAGAGUUUGUAUCUCAUGCCAGGCUCCAACAAGAUGGCGGUAUUGAUGAUUUAUCCCUGUCUAUCUCUAUCUAUGCUCUACCAUUCGCAUCCGCUACCACUUCCGCUGGCUAGCCAUCUGCUUACCCUCUUUACUUGGUUUGUAUGUAUUUUGUAUGUGACGCCGUCGCUACCAUAGGUCCUGGCUGGCCAUCGACUAGCUUACUGAUUCUAAUCGUGGUAAAAGCAAGUGAUCUUCCAACUUUCGACGCCGUGGCCUCAAUAUGCAAGACAUCCCCCAACUGAGCAGUCCCAAUAUAAGUGACGUGAAUAUCAAUGCUUGCCCCAGACUUCUCCAAUCCAUGUGAAGCAAUCGCAAGACCUCCAGACCAGUCGACCAAACUUGCACUCACUGCCCCGUGAAUGGUACCUCGAGAAUUGACAUGAUUGUUUUCCACCGUCAAGCGCGAGAUAACCAGACCUUUGGUAGCCGAUAUGAUUUCAACAUGUGCGAGAAGGAAGUCGUAGAUGGGACUGUUGCCUUUCAUAUUAUCCCAUACUUUCUUGACGUGGAUCAAUUCUUCCGUUGGGUUAUCCAUGGCGACGGUACUCAUUGUCAAUAUUCAGUUGCCUGGACUGCGGCGAAGGGGUAGUCGUCAGCAAUGGCGAAAAUGUACGUAUACGCGUGUAACAAAGUCUUUUUAAGCCCAAGGCUAUCCAAAUGGAAAUGUGCAGGAAUUGCUCAGGAAUAUCAAGGAAAUCGAAAGAACCCUGAGAGAGAUGGAACUGGUGAACAGACAGACCGGUUGGUUGUACGAGUGCGAGACAAACCGCUGCCCAGAAACGUCAGCGGGGUUUAGGCUGUGCAUCGCAUCAUCUCAAUUUCACAUUGUGAUAUGCAUUGAGCCAUAAUUUGAACUCAAAACUCCUCCAUAAACCUUUGAAAUAAUCCAGAAUCUGGCUUCCUCUUCCUCUUCUUCCUCCAUAAUCCAAUUCCGACCAAGAAACAAUUAUUGGUUUGGUACAAUUCACAAUUGUUACGUGUUUUGCAACAUCUUGCGCCGGCUUCAGUAUUUAUAGUGACAUAAACUAGGAGGGGUAUCCACAGCUACCUAAUACCGAUAGGUAUCUCAACCUGCCUCCUGAAUUACGGACCCAACAAUUCAAGUCUUUUGGACUGCGAAAGUCAAGACCAGAAUAACAAUCCGCAAAGAUGAAUAUCAUUAAGUUGCAGAGGAAGUAUCCUCAAUUCCAACAAGAUGAGAUCUUCGGUCUCCAAGAUGCUUUCCGUAAACUCGACGUUGACGAUAAGGGAUACAUUGACGAGGCCACGGCUAUUAAAGCUACACAAGGCAGUGAAAGACAACCAUACGAUGUUGUUAGACAAGCUUUGAAAGAGGUCGAGCUUGAUUCAUCUCGAAGAGUCGAGCUGGAAGAUUAUGUAGGACUUAUCUCAAAACUCCGCGUUUCUUCACCAGCACAGCAGCGCAUGUCAACUGGUCCACAGAGUCCUGCUCGUGGAGGAAUUGUAUCGCAACAAACCGGAGGAGCUGGAAGCGGGCAUGCUUCAAAGGCAAGCGUCAGCGGUCGUAUUCAAGUCCAAGGAUCUUCUUCGAACGUUACCCAUACCAUCAACGAAGAUGAGCGAACAGAAUUUACCCGUCAUAUCAACGCAGUGUUGGCAGGCGACGCAGAUAUUGGCUCGCGUCUACCAUUUCCUACAGAUACCUUUGAGAUGUUCGACGAGUGCAAGGAUGGUCUCGUAUUAGCUAAAUUGAUCAACGACAGUGUACCGGAUACUAUUGAUGAGCGUGUGCUGAAUCGUCCCGGAAGGAAGAUCAAGACCCUUAACGCAUUCCAUAUGACCGAGAACAACAACAUCGUUAUUGAAUCUGCGAAGGGUAUUGGUUGCUCGGUGGUCAAUAUUGGUAGUGGAGACAUUAUCGAAGUUCGGGAACAUUUGAUUUUGGGUCUGAUUUGGCAGGUCAUCAGAAGAGGUCUGUUGAACAAGAUUGAUAUCAAGCUUCAUCCUGAGUUAUACAGACUCUUGGAAGACGACGAGACACUGGAACAAUUUUUGAGAUUGCCCCCUGAGCAAAUCUUACUCAGAUGGGUCAAUUAUCAUUUGAAGGCCGCAAAUUGGCCACGAAGAGUUGCGAACUUUUCCAGCGAUGUAAAGGAUGCUGAAAAUUACACUGUUCUUCUUUCUCAGAUUGCGCCGGAGUGUUGCGACCGAGCACCAUUACAAACACGCGAUCUUCAUCAGAGAGCAGAGCAAGUUUUACAGAACGCCGAUAAAUUAGACUGCCGAAAGUUCCUUACACCUAGCUCCCUGGUGGCAGGAAACCCUAAGUUGAACUUGGCUUUCGUUGCCAAUCUCUUCAAUACCCGUCCAGCACUGGAUCCUAUCACAGAGGAAGAAAAAGCCCAGGUUGAUGAUUUCGAUGCUGAGGGCGAGAGAGAAGCGAGAGUCUUCACUCUCUGGUUGAACAGUCUUGAUGUGCAACCAGGUGUAAACUCGCUAUACGAAGAUCUCAAAGAUGGUACUAUUAUUUUGCAGGCAUACGACAAAGUUAUCAAGGGCUCUGUUAACUGGCGUCAUGUGAACAAAGUGCCUGCUGGUGGAGAGAUGUCGAGAUUUAAGGCUCUAGAAAACACAAACUACGCUAUCGAACUAGGGAAGCAAAACCGUUUCUCCUUGGUCGGCGUGCAAGGAGCAGAUAUUUACGAUGGUCAACGAACUCUCACUCUUGGUCUCGUCUGGCAAUUGAUGCGCAGAGAUAUUUCCGAAACCCUCACAGCCCUCGCUCAACGUCUUGGCAAGCGCGAAAUUUCAGAUGCAGAAAUGAUCAAGUGGGCAAACAACAUGUCACAGAAGGGUGGAAAGAGUUCUACUAUCCGCUCUUUCAAGGAUCAAUCAAUUGGAACUGGUGUCUUCCUUCUCGAUGUUUUGAACGGGAUGAAGAGCAGUUACGUUGAUUACGAUCUCGUAACACCAGGAAGAACCGAGGAUGAUGCUUACAUGAACGCUAAGUUGAGUAUCAGUAUUGCGAGAAAGAUGGGUGCAACAAUUUGGUUGGUUCCGGAGGAUAUUUGUCAAGUUAGAAGUCGCUUGGUGGUCACCUUCAUUGGUUCUUUGAUGGCAACAGCAGAGAAGAUGCAGUAAAUUAGUUGAUGUGGUGGGAUGGGAUAAGAUGGAAUGGAAUGGGAUGGAAAGGGAAAGCGGAUUUCCAAAUCGGUGGAUGGAUGGAUGGAUGGUGAGAAAUUACGAUAGCCAUGCUAGUUGAUGAUAUUUAGUAAAAAGUGUGUACAGGCGAAUCAAUGACUGUAGGACAAUAGAAAAGCAUUGGUAGUUAUUUUCAUCUCAUGCGAGAGCACGAGAAAGAAAAGGGUGGAUUCUUGAUGAUUUGAUUUGAUUUGAUUUGAUUUGAUGAUGAGACAGCGCGUUUUUCAUGAAAACAAACUACUAUAGCUACAUUAUACUAAAUGCUAUAUUGCACUGCACUCAUUUACUCACUUUAUGAAAGCGAUAGGUAGGUA